AUGCACACUUCGCGCCGCAGCGUUUCGGAAGCCUUCGGUCUGCUUGCCGGCUCCACUGCCUCAUCGCGAACGGGACUUCGCACGCGUCACGCCUCGACGUGGACCCACUCCUCGCGAUCCUUCACCACCACCAGCCCCACCCGCGAUCUCAAGGAGGAUGCGAAGAACAAGCUGGUCGAAGAAGGCAAGAAGUUCGCCAAGGACAAAGUCAACGAGCGGCUCGGAGCAGACGAAACCAAGCAGCAGGCCAAGAACCUCUCUUCCUCGACAAGCAAGAUUCUGUUUGCGGGUCUGGCAGUGGCUGGCGCGGCAUACCUUCUCAUGGGCGGCAACGUUCAUGCUGAAGAAGCUCGUCGUCCGACAGACUCCGCUUCAGGACCCAAGUAUUCGAAAGACCAAGUCACGCUGUUGUGUCUCGUCGGUCCGAGCCUCUCAGGAAAGACAACGCAGGCGAAACGACUGGUGAAACGGUUCGACAAGGAGCUGGACGACAUCGUUUCCCCAAAAUCGCUCGAUGAGCUCGAAUCCAUUCUCGCCACCCGUGCAAAGGGGGAGAAACGAACUUCGUUGGUUGUGGAUAACUUCCCCACGACUCUCGAGGACGCUCAGCGCAUCGAAAGGGAGUUGGUCCCCAUCUUCUGCUUCUCCUUCUACGACUUGCCCCUCAAAGACUUCGAAAAGCGUCUGGCUAAGGAUGAUAAGGAGAAGAAGCAAAAGGUCGAACAGUUCAAGAAGUACACAAAGAGCCUCGAGCCGCUGGUCAAGAAGUACAGGGACCAGGGAAACAUCUACGAGAUCAGCGCGGAUUGGGAGAGCGCCGACGAGGUGUGGGAGCAGGUCGAGGCCAAGACCGAGCAGAUUCUGGAACUGAGAGAGAUGGGAGAAUUGUGA